AAUCUAGUUCUAAACGCUUGAUUGGAUCUGAAUUCACAAAAACACAAGCUUAAACGCAUCAAAAAAUACUGCUUGCAAACAAAAUAUUCAAACAUUUUCCGCCUUGUCAUCCAUGCCACAAGCCAAAGGGAAUUUACUUCUUAAACUGAACGUGAGUUGCAACCUUACCGAAUAUGAAGUGGAUGAAUCUGGCAAACAGAAAAAGUUUGAAUGGAAUGAAGAAUGCCAAGCUGCAUUCGAGGAGCUGAAGUUUUAUCUUAGCUCACCACCUCUGCUGACUAAGGCUGUAGAUGGAGAGAUUCUUUAUUUGUAUCUAGGAAUUUCAGAUGAAGCCAUUAGCUCGGUUCUAGUGAGAGAAGAGGCCAAGCAGCAGAAACCAAUCUAUUAUAUCAGCAACGUGUUGCACGGAGCAGAGCCAAGAUAUCCUAUAGUUGAGAAAGCAGCUUUAGCAGUUGUCACUUCGGCUAGGAAGUUGAGGCCAAAUUUCCAGUCACACCCAAUCAUUGUGCUCACAGAUCAACCUCUUCGACAGAUUCUGCAGAAACCGGAGUGCUUCGGAAGAUUAAUUAAGUGGGCGGUAGAAUUGGGGGAGUUCGAAAUAACAUUUCAGCAGAGAUCUGCAAUCCGAGCUCAAGCACUGGCAAAUUUUAUUGGAGCUGGCGCUCUCUUGAUUGGUCCAGAUGGAGACCGAAGUAAACAUGCCUUGAAAUUUAACUUCGAUGCAACAAACAACAUGGCUGAGUAUGAAGCUCUGCUGCUUGGUCUACAGCUGCUUAGUCUACAACUAGCAUUGGAGUUGAAAAUCAGCGUGAUCCGAGUAUACAGUGACUCCCAGCUGGUGGUGAACCAAAUCAACUCAAUCUGCGAAGUCGUUGAUCCUAUGAUGCUUCAUGAAGCCACGGAUGAUAGCACAAACCCUGACACGCCAAGUUGGACUGGCUCAAUUAUCCACUUUUUACAAAACGGGAUAGUACCUGAGGACAGGCAGGAGGCAAUGAAGUUGAGGAAGAAAGCAUCUCGAUAUACACUCAUUGAUGGGGUCCUCUAUAAGAGAUCUUUCUCGCUUCCUCUUUUACCGUGCUUAAAUCCCUACGAAACUGAGUAUGCACUUCGGGAGUGGGGGCUGGAUCUCUUGGGUCCAUUCGUGAAAGGGGUCGGUGGUGUAACCCAUCUCAUCGUUGGUGUGGAUUAUUUCACAAAGUGGGUUGAAGCUCGGGCAUUAUCCAGUCUUACCUCCAAGAAGGUCGAAGACUUUGUCUUCAGCUUGAUUAUUUGCAGAUAUGGGAUUUCGAGUCAGAUUGUGGCUGAUAAUGGAACUCAAUUUAACUGCACCUCUUUUCGAGAUUUCUGUUCCAGUUACGGGAUCAAAUUGCAGUUCACCUCCGUUUACCAUCUGAAGUCCAAUGGCAUGGUUGAAUCUGUUAACAAAUGCAUUUUAGAAGGUGAAAUACUCUAUCAUCUGGCUUUUGAAACCGAAGCAGUCAUUCCUAUCGAGAUAGGAGUCCCGAGCUUCAAGGUCACCCAUUUCGAUGAAGGACGAAAUGGACAACUGCUUCGGGAGAACCUUGAUCUGCUUGAUGAAGUCAGAGAAGAAGCCCGACUUCGAACUCUAGUUUACAAGCAGAAAAUAACAAACUUCUACAACAAACGGGUUCGACCCCGAACAUUCAAAGUAGGAGACCUUGUUCUUAGGAAAGCUGGUCUAACAGGGUUUGAAACUCGAUUUGGAAAAUUAGCACCAAACUGGGAAGGCCUCUACACUGUAGCCAAAGUGCCGCACCCUGGUGCUUAUAUCCUGUGGGACACUAAAGGCAAAAGGGUUCCUAGAGUCUGCGAUGUCAAUAACUUGAAGAAGUUUUACCCUUAAAUAUACUUCAUUUAAGUAAAUUUUGUCUUAAUCGUUAUUACUCUCACUCCUUCUGCUCAACCUAAUGUGUAUUCGAACUCAAUUCAUUUAUCUCAUUAAUGAGUUUCGCUUCACAUUCGAAGUGAUUCAAUUCUCUGUACCCUUAUAUACGUUGGAAGUGGAUUUUACUUAUUUUUGAAGUUAAUUCAUUGUGACUUAUUCAGUCACUUUAUUUGUUGGGAUACGAUUUUAUUACACUUUACUUUUGAAGUGAUUUACUUUGUCUUUUCUCAUUUCCAUAUUUGAGGUCCGCCCCAUAUAUAUGUCUGAGGUCAAUUCCCUUGUUGUUCAUUUUAUCGUGUCCGAGGUCAGAUCCUUGUGUUAAUUAAAGUCACUUUUUAUC